AUGAAGUACUAUUCUGCAAUUGACCGUUUCUUCAACAAAUUCCGCAAGAAGGGGUUUCUUUUGUACGCGACUCUCGUGAUUGCAGCAACAGCGUACUCGUUCUACUCCAUAUCCAACUUACCAGACGUGAAAGAAUUAGAGCAACUUAAAGAACAGAAGAGGAAAAAGGAGCAAUUGAAAAAGCUGGAGACAGAUAAGAAGAAAGAAGUAAAAGCAGAAGAAGAAGAAGAAGAACAAAAAGAUGCAGAAACUAAGAAGCUAAAGGAACUGGAAAGUCCAAGCAAGAAGCUGAGUAGUUUAUUUGUAGAUGAAGAAUUGCUGAAAGAUCACAGCAAGAUCGACAAUUGGUCCAGAAGGGAACUACACUCCUACCUCUCCAGGCAUAAAAUAUACCCAGACCUUGACACUUCAUUGGAAGACUUGAUUGAACAAGUGAAAGUCAUAUACUACGAAAACAAGGUUGCUCAUUUUAUAUAG